GAUGAUACAGAAUCACGAAAACACUUGAAAACCCCAAUAGCUUCCACUCAGACUGUUAAAACGAAUCGAGAGAAGACGCUGAAACCUUAGAGCACUGGCCCGGGUUCCCUGAGUGUCUCGCCUCCUGACUCGAUGAGCGGCUGUUCACGUCGGCAGGGAGGUAGUGGUGGUCUGGCUCGCGGCGUGUGAAGGUCUACUGUCUGCUGCAGAAGGAGGGACGGGGUGUGAUAAUUAACCAGGUGAUGGCCCUGCUUCAGCUGGUGCUCGUCCUCUGUGCGUGGUGGCGCCCCUCUGCCCCCGCCGCGCUGCCCGCUCACGCCAUCAAUGGAACGUCGCCCGCCGCCAGUGCCACCGUCAGUGACUCUCGUGUAAGGCAGGAACGCUCCGUGUUGACUAAUUAUGGCGGCAGCGUGGGCUUGUCCCCUUACUUUGCCGACCUGCAGGGCCGACCCUCCCCAACCCCGCCCACGCUCACCACCGAACUGACGCCGCCACCUCCGAAAUGCAUGGACGAGGAGACGUGCAACCCGCUGGCCCGGUACCGCACCAUCUCUGGGCGCUGUAACAACCUGCAGAGCCCCCACCACGGCACCCCCGGCCAGGCCAUGCACACCCUGCUGCCUCAGCGUUACGACUCCCCCGCAGUGUUCCGGAUGAGGGCAGUGGGCGGGGGUCUGCUGCCCAACCCCCGCCACGUCAGCCUGCUCAUGAGUCUCGCCCCGGAAGGAGCCAAGGUGGAGGGGAAUUCCUUGUUCGUGCAGAUGGGACAGUUUAUUGAUCACGACUUCUCCAUCACCACCACCGUCCGCGAGAUGACGCCGGGCGGUAAGAGCGUGGAGGUGGACUGCACGGCGUGCUCUUCGUGGUACAACCCAGCCUGCGCCCCCAUCCCUGUGCCGCUCAACGACCCCUACCAGCCUCCUCACCUGCCGACGGGCGAGCGCAGGUGCCUCCCCAUGACCAGGAGUGUUGGGUAUCUCGUGAAGGACUCCCAGGGGCGUCCCGUGCUCAGUCAGCCCAAUUUUAACACUGCCUUCCUCGACGUGUCUCCAGUGUACGGUAGCAACAGGUGCACGGCGGAAGAUCUGCGCCUACACCGAGACGGGAUGCUGGAGUCUGACGAGAACCACUUGUUGACGAAGCGCCCUGCCGACGACUUCCCGCUAUGUUUCACUGAAGCCGGGUACUGCCUCCACUCCGGUGACAAGAGAGUGAACGAGAACGUGGGGCUGACGGUGAUGCACAUUCUGCUCCACCGCGCCCAUAACCACCUGGCGGAGGGGCUGAAGGUAGUCAACCCGCACUGGAGCGACGAGAGGCUCUACCAGGAGGCCCGCAGGAUCAACAUCGCGCAGUUCCAGAACUUCGUGUAUGGGGAGUACGUGCCGCUGCUGCUUGGCUACCACACGGCCGCCAAGAUGCAGCUGAUGCCGAACCACGAGGGCUACUUCCUGGGUUACGACCCCACUAUCGACCCGGGCGUGUACAACGAGUUCUCCACAGCCGCCUUCAGGAUGGGCCACUCUCAAGUCCCCAAGUACAUCACCUUCAUGAAUGACAAGUACGAGGUCACCUACCACAUUCCCCUCCACUAUGCCUUCUUCAACAACACCAUGCUCGCCUUGGGCAACGUCUUCGAUCCGCUGGUGAGAGGGCUGCUGGGAGUCUCCAUGCGUCCAACUGACCUCAAGCUAGUCGAUAGUCUCGGCAAUAAACUCUUCAUGGAGAAAGGCGACCCCCACUCCGGCCACGACCUCUUCGCCCUCAACGUUGCCCGGGGUCGAGACCACGGGUUGGCGCCCUACGUGGAGUACUUGAAGAUGUGCGGCGUGAAGGAGGAGGUGUCUUCCUUCGCUGACCUGGAGUCCCUCAUGCGUCCCGAGAGCUUGGCGCUGCUGGCCAGGGCUUACGAGGACGUGCGGGACAUUGACCUGUUCUCUGGGGGCUUGGCUGAGGUGCCGCUGCCGGGGUCGCUGGUGGGGCCGACCUUCAGCUGCAUCAUCGCCAGGCAGUUUCUCUCCCUGAAGAUCGGCGACAGGUUCUGGUUUGAGAGCCCCGCGGCAGGCUUCACCCACGCCCAGCUGCAGUCCAUCCGCCGUGUGACGCUCGCCAGUGUGAUCUGCGGCGUGCUGGACCAACGCAACCCACGCAUCCCCGUACACGCCCUCCAGACGCCACACCCCCAAAGUAAUCCAGAACGAAGGUGCAGUGAACUCCUGACAGUGGACCUGGAGCUGUGGAGGGAGACGCCCCACAGUCCCUCUCCUCCGUGCACCCACCAGGGACAGAGCUACCAGGAGGGCGCCUUGGUCCCGGUGUCCCCGUGCCUGGCGUGCGUCUGUCAGCCCGGCGGCAAGAUGAGGUGCCAGUGUGACUUGUCGGGGUGCAAACAGACGCAGGCGGCGGAGGACUGUUACUGCAGGAGGAUCUGUGGUUACUCCACGCCGCAUCUCAAGCCGCAGUACCGCCAAGUGGUGGCGGUGGCAGGACGUGUGUCGAUGAUGUGGGGCCUUCUGGUGUGCGUGUUUGUGCUGGCCGCGUGGGGGCGCACAGCGGGGCAGCUGAGACACUGUCCAAACGGCACCUCCAACACCCCGCCAGAAAGCACCACGUCCCCUUACUGGGGUGAUCCCGAGGGGCGGCGCCCUAACACCGUCCCGAAUAUGACAGCCACCCACCUGCACGCGCCGCCCCGGGAGUGCAGCGCCUUCCUGCAGCCGUGUGACCCCAAUGGCAGGUACCGCACUCUCACCGGCAACUGUAAUAACCUCCGCCACUACGUUCUAGGCGCCGCGGACACUCCUGUAGCCCGCCUGUUGCCUCCUGUCUAUGACGAGGCGCUGAUGAGGACUCGGGGCGCGGACGGGUGCCUGCUGCCCAACCCUCGCAACAUCAGUCUGCACAUCCGCCACGUCCCAGCCAGAUACCAGCGGCUCUUCUCCACUCUCUUCAUGCAGAUUGGCCAGUUCAUUGACCACGACAUCAUCCUCACCAUGACCGUGGAGUCGGCAGUCAAGUCCCGGGAAUGUGGUAACUGCGAGGCGUGGACCAACCCUAUAUGCCUGCCAAUACCCAUCCCGGCAGACGACCCCUUCAUUCCUGCCACCUACGCCGAGACGGGCAUGCGCAGGUGUCUCCCGGUCGUCAGGUCGCUGGGCAGAUGGCUUCCGGACAGAAGAAACCGCAACGCGUUCCGCCACAUCAACCUGAACACCGCCUUUCUCGACCUGUCCACGGUGUACGGGAGUGAUCUGUGCAGGGAGGAGGAACUGAGGACCAGAACGGGCGGGCUGCUGCGGGAGUCUGAGCAUGCUCUGCCGCCCCUCGUGAACGCCAGCCGCUUCGUGGAGUGUCGCACCAAGAUGGGGCAGUGCUUCCUGACGGGGGAUGACAGAGCCAACGAGCACCUGGGUCUGCUAGUGCUACACGUGGUCUACUUCAGGGAACACAACCGCAUUGCUCGGGCCCUCGCCUCCAUCAACCCUCACUGGAACGACGAGCGAAUCUUUCAGGAGGCGCGCAUGAUCAACAUAGCGCAGUACCAGAAGAUGGUGUACCACGAGUUCCUGCCUCUCCUGCUGGGCCACCAAAGGGCCAGACAGAUGGGCUUCAAUAACCAGACCGAAGGAUAUUACGAGGGGUACGACAGCAACACGGACCCAAGCCUGCUGGAGGAGUUCACCAGCGCGGCCUUCAGGGUGGGACACGCCAUGAUCCCCAACCACCUGCUGCUGGUGGGCAAGAACUACCGUCCCUUCACCGCCAUGCCCCUCGUGCCCACCUUCCACAACCCGGGGGACAUCAUGCAGGAUGAAAUGUACGACCAGGUGCUGCGGGGCAUGAUCCGAGCACGACUAGAGGUGAUAGACUUGAAGCUGACAGACGCCAUCUUGAACCACCUCUUCCAGCUCCCCGAUGACCCUUUCUCCGGCCAAGACCUCAUGGCUCUCAACAUUGCCAGGGGCCGCGACCACGCCAUCGCACCCUACGUGGACUACCUCAACAUGUGCGGGGGUCUCAACGUAAGCACCUUCAAGGAGCUGGAGGGGCACAUGAAGCCCGAGCCGCUGCGCAACAUUCGCGACGUGUAUCGUGACGUGCGGGACGUGGACCUCAUCGUGGGCUCGCUGGCGGAAAGCUCCAGCUCCAGCUCCAGGGACAAGACCAUGGUGGGCCCCACGAUGCGCUGUAUCAUUGGCCUGCAGUUCCUCUACCUGAAGCGAGGCGACCGUUUCUGGUUUGAGAAUCGCAGCACAGGGUUCACGCCGGAGCAGCUGGCCUCGCUGCGGCAGUCCUCCCUGGGCCGCGUAGUCUGUGACAGCUUGAACGGCACGGACGCCACGGCCCCGCGCAGGGCACUCAAGAUGAGCAGCAGGACUAACAGAGCCAGGAGGUGCAGUGAUCUGGCGGGCACGAACCUGGAGCUGUGGAGAGAGGAACCAGGGAGCCAGCCGACCAUCACCAAGGCGUGCCCCAAAGAGCUGGUGUUCAAGUGGCAAGAAGGCUGGGUGGAGGAGGGCUGUACCUGAAUGUACCGUCACGCGCCAGGUGGUUUCUGAGAACAAGCGACCUUCUGUAUGAGUGUCUUUUAACUUUCUUUCCAUUGUUUCACUAUUACAAAGGAAAACCGGUCCGCGCAUGUGAGUCUUCGUUUUACUAGAGUUUGUAGUCAGUUGUUGGUUUUAGAGUGAUAAUAAUAAUAUGUAUUAAUGAA